AUGUUCUUCAACGGUGCUUUUGCCGCGAUGACUGCCGUCUUCUUCGGCCUGGCCCUCGCCACCGACAACGGUGCAGCGUUCCGAACCCAUCUCCAGGAGCGUGGCAUUUUCGCCGAGAGCGACAUGGUCACGGUUACUUGGACGGAGACGGCGACCAUCACGAUCACUAUUGCAGGCAGCUCCCCCUGCGAGACGGUCACCGACACUGAGAGCACGGACUCCAGCACCACCAUCUCUGAGACCAUUAUUACCACGUCUACGGGCACUUCAACGAGCACCUCUUUCGUGACUUCCACGGCUACUGCAGGUACUACGGACUCCGUCGGCACCACGGACUCCGCCGUCCCCAGCAGCAGCGUCGAUGUCUCGUCGUUCUCCACUUCCACCCAUCACACCAUCACCGAGGUGUCCUCCUCUGAGAUUUCGGCCACCGCUACCCCGACCACCGCGGUCAACGGCGCGGGCGGCAACAAGGCACAGACGGUCGGUGGCAUCAUUGUAGGCGGCGCCGUGGCACUGGUCAUGGCUGUUGCCUAA